GGAGGCAUUUGUUGAGCACACAAAACCCUUGUGUUGAAUUUCACCCUCCGUCGUCUCUAUCGACUGACUAGCAGUGCCAUCCACGCUCAGCAUCUUGCAAACAAAAUGUCCGCAAUACUUCGACGUCAGCGUAUUUUGUCCUUAUUUUCGAGGAGCAAUCCUCACUUCUCCUCCAACGCUGCUGCCGAACCUCCCACGGGACCGAUCGUUUCCUCUUCAACAAUAAUCGACAAUCAGCACCCGCCGUCUCACACUUCAACUCCACCUCCUCCUCCUGCCACCGGAGCUGAAAAGAAACCUUGGGGUUUUCUCAAGUAUCCGCUCAUUGCCGCUCUUACAGGCGGUGUGGCCACCGCUGGAUACGCUACUUACGCAUUCUCUUUGGAUGAAGUUGAUCAGAAGACCAGGGAUUUUCAGGCAGCCAGCAAAUUCACUGUUGAGGAUGACACAGCAACAUUUGAUAAAAUUAAGGCUCGAGUGUAUUCAUCUGCAAUGACAGUACCUGCCAAGUUAGUUGAACUUUACCUAGAUUUGAGACGGUUGGCAGAAGAGCAAGUUCGAGGCUAUACUGAACCAUUAUCAGAUAACCUACUCCCAGACUUGCAUCCUUUGGAGCAACAUGUGUAUACCAUUGUACUUGAUCUCAAUGAGACUCUAGUAUACUCCGAUUGGAAGCGUGAUAGAGGCUGGAGAACUUUCAAAAGGCCUGGUGUUGAUGCAUUUCUGGAACACUUGGCUCAGUUAUAUGAGAUCGUCGUGUACUCUGAUCAGCAGGGCAUGUAUGUUGAACCUGUUCUUGAAAGAUUGGAUCCAAAGCGCUGUAUCCGGUAUAGGCUGUCAAGAGGUGCAACCAGAUAUCUCAAUGGAAAGCAUUAUAGAGACCUCUCAAUGCUGAACAGAGAUCCCAAAAAGGUUUUAUAUAUCAGUGGUCAUGCACUUGAAAGUAGUCUUCAACCAGAGAAUUGUAUGGAAAUCAAGCCAUGGACAGGAGAACUCGAAGAUACCACACUUUUGGAUCUAAUCCCUUUUCUUGAAUAUGUUGCCAAGCAUAGACCAGCUGACAUUAGAACUGUGUUAGCUUCAUACCAAGGACAUGAUGUUGCUAAGGAGUUCAUUGAACGAUCCAAGGAACAUCAGAGGCGAAUGCAAGAGCAAAAGCAGCAGAGUCGCCUCUGGCGCCGCUAGAGACGCCAGUAUGGGUAUCAGUUUACUGAAGUGUGAUUCUUGACUUCUCUUUUAAACAAUGAAAUGCUCUGGCCCAUGAUAGUACCCAAUUUUGUGUAGUUCAUAAUUCUAUCAUUGUUCUGAGGUCUUUCUCUUUCAACACCCAUACAGCUGCUCCCCUAUAUUUGUUGUUACCGACUAAUUGUAAUUUACAUCCUCGCUUUUUUUGUUGAAUAAUUCUUUUAUGAAACAACGACCCUAUACCUUAAAUGGCUUAAACAAACUCCAUGGAUCUGUAUAACCCUUUCUUUUCUCCCCAUUUCUCGAAACACUCUCACACAUUAUAGUAAUCUAUAUACUUAUGAUUGA